AUGCCUGUUGUAAAUGUCGACGAUUUAGUUCGCCUGCAGCGGAAACCGGAAGAUAUACGGAAUAUAUGCAUUUUGGCCCACGUUGAUCAUGGCAAAACCUCCUUGACUGAUAGUCUUAUCGCCACAAAUGGCAUCAUUUCGCCCAAGCUGGCGGGAAAGAUCCGCUAUCUGGAUUCGCGGCCGGAUGAGCAGCUGCGAGGUAUCACGAUGGAGUCCUCGGCCAUCUCGCUCUUCUUUUCCAUGAUGCGCCGCCCUGCGCCGGACGCGGCCCCGAUCCCUAAAGAGUAUCUGAUCAAUCUGAUCGACUCCCCUGGGCACAUCGACUUUAGCAGCGAGGUGUCCACCGCGUCACGGCUGUGCGAUGGAGCCAUCGUGCUUGUGGAUGCCGUAGAGGGCGUGUGCAGUCAGACAGUCACCGUGCUGCGUCAGACCUGGGUCGAGCAAUUGAAACCGAUUUUGGUCAUUAAUAAGCUCGAUAGAUUGAUAGGCGAAUUGAAGAUGAGUCCCAGCGAAGCAUACAAUCAUCUGAGCAGGCUGUUGGAGCAGGUAAACGCCGUAAUUGGCAGUUUCUAUCAGGGUGAGCGCAUGGAGGAGGAUCUCCAGUGGCGAGAGCGCAUGGAAGAGCGCGCCAAUGCUACCGCCACCCAGAAAGACCGCUCGAAGAAGCAGACGCAAGACGGCGAGUCGACGCAGGGUAGCGUCGUUGAUGCAGCCGAGUUCGAGGAACGCGACGAUGAGGACCUGUACUUUGCGCCGGAGAAUAACAACGUGAUCUUCUGCAGUGCUGUUGAUGGGUGGGCCUUUACGGUGCGGCAAUUUGCUGCAAUCUACGAGAAAAAGCUUGGGAUCAAGCGUUCCGUUCUAGAGAAGGUUCUUUGGGGCGACUAUUAUCUGGACCCUAAGACGAAGCGCGUUCUCGGUCAGAAGCAUCUGAAAGGACGGGCGUUGAAGCCGAUGUUUGUUCAGCUUGUGUUGGAUAGUAUCUGGGCUGCUUAUGAGGCCACCACUGGCGGAGGAAAAGGCAAAGGUGAUCCGGCAUUGCUGGAGAAGAUCACGAAGUCUCUGAAUAUCAACCUACCUCCUUAUAUUCUCCGCUCGCGCGAUCCCAAGAAUAUCAUGACUACGUUAUUUUCCAUGUGGCUUCCCCUGUCUACAGCUGUGCUGGUGUCUGUCAUUGAAUAUCUGCCCAGUCCCCCAACGGCCCAGGAGUCUCGUCUGCCUGCCAUGAUCGAAGACUCGCCAGGUGCGAGAUUUGUGGACGAGAAGGUGAAGAAUGCCAUGGUUCAAUUCAAGACCGGCCCCGAAGAGCCAGUUGUGGCGUAUGUCAGUAAAAUGGCUGCCAUUCCAGAGAGCGAACUAUCAUCAAGCAACAAGCGAUCCGGCAAUACCAUGUCUGCGGACGAAGCCCGCGAGAUUGCCAGGAAGAAGCGUGAAGAAAUCGCCAAAUUACAGGCAGACACCAGUGCUCCGGAGACAGACGAAUACACUCGGAUCACGUCGACCUUCGAAAGGAUUACCUUGGAGGAAGAGGAGCAAAGCGGCGAGCCUGAGGAGAUGGAAGACCCAGAACAUUUGAUUGGAUUUGCCCGACUUUACUCUGGCACACUCACGGUGGGCGAUUCGAUUUAUGUCCUUGCACCCAAGUUCUCGCCUGAAAACCCUCACGCAAGCCCGGAACCUCGAAAGGUGACCGUCACGGACCUGUAUCUCCUCAUGGGCCGGAGUCUCGAGCCCCUCCGAUCAGUUCCCGCGGGUGUCGUGUUUGGUAUUGGUGGUCUUGCUGGCCAUGUCCUCAAAACGGGUACGCUGUGCUCUCAGCUCAAAGGAAGCGUCAACUUGGCCGGUGUUUCCUUGCACACGCCACCUAUUGUCAGAGUCGCACUUGAGCCUGUCAAUCCCGCCGACUUGGGUAAGAUGGUCACUGGGUUGCGUCUUCUCGAGCAGAGUGAUCCCUGCGCGGAGUACGAUGUUCUUCCCAAUGGAGAGCACGUCAUCCUGACGGCCGGCGAGCUGCAUCUCGAGCGUUGCUUGAAAGAUCUUCGGGAGCGGUUUGCUCGAUGCGACAUCCAAACUGGUCAGACCAUUGUUCCAUACCGCGAGACGAUCAUCAACGCGCCAGAAAUGGCACCUCCGAAGAACCCUGAAGUGGGACGCGGAGGCGUCGUGGUAGUUUCGCCGUCCAAGCAACUGACCAUGCGUCUGCGAGUCGUACCCUUGCCGGCCGCUGUCACAGAGUUCUUCACGAAACAGGUCGGAACGAUCAAGCGACUGCAGUCUGAAAAGCGAAACGCCACUGAUGUCACUAACGGAUCCUCCGAGAGCAAUCAACAGAUCGAAGCCAGCGAUGCUACCGACGAAGCCCUAGAGGGAAGCAUUCUCACCCUGCAGGAGUUUAAGCAGGAACUCAGCAAGCUCUUUGACGAGAACGCAAAAGAGGAAAAAGAACUGUGGAACAACGUCGUUGACAAGAUCAUCGCAUUCGGUCCCAGGCGCAUCGGCCCUAACAUCCUGGUUGACGCCACGGCAGUGAACACCUGCGAGAAAUUUUUACUGGACGACCCAAGCAAGCAACCCAGCGUUUCCACCGAAGAAAGCAGCCGAGACGCCCUCUUCGUCCGCGACUUCUGCGACAAGAUCUCCUAUGCAUUCCAGCUAGCCACCGGCCAAGGACCGCUCUGCCAGGAGCCCAUCCAAGGCACGGCCGUCUUCCUCGAAGACCUCGCCGUCAACGCCAAUGAAGACGAGCUCGACCUCGGCCGACUUACUGGCGAAUCAAUCCGACUAGUCCGCGAGAGCAUCUCGCAGGGUUUCCUAGACUGGAGUCCCCGAAUCAUGCUUGCCAUGUACAGUUGCGAGAUCCAAGCAUCGACCGAAGUCCUCGGACGAGUCUACGCCGUCAUCACGCGCCGCCGCGGUCGAAUCCUCUCCGAAGCCAUGAAAGAAGGCACGCCGUUCUUCACCAUCCUGUCUCUCCUCCCCGUGGCCGAGUCGUUCGGAUUCGCCGAAGAAAUCCGAAAACGGACCUCGGGCGCUGCGCAACCGCAACUGAUCUUCGCGGGCUUCGAGGCCCUCGACGAGGAUCCGUUCUGGGUGCCCGCGACGGAAGAAGAACUUGAGGAUUUGGGCGAGUUGGCGGAUCGGGAGAAUGUGGCGAAGAGGUAUAUGGAUGCCGUGAGGAGGAGGAAGGGGUUGGUUAUUCAGGGACGGAAGUUGAUUGAUGCGGAGAAGCAGAAGACACUGAAGAAGUAG